AAUACAGAGUCGUCCUCCAUACAUAACACAUCCCCAACUGGAUUCGAUUCGAUUUCCAUAUCCAAAGCCACAAAAAUUAAAUAAACAAAACAAAAAAAUAAUUAGAACCCUAAAAUGCAAAAUCCCUCCUUUCUUUCAUAAGUCUUAACCCCGUAGCCCCCACCACCCUCCUAUCUAGUAUGGCCAAAAAGAAACCCAUCCCUCAAGAACCACACCAAGACCAAGACCCGCCGCGGACAACACCAGAAAUGGAACAAGAAAAUGAAACUAACUCAGCGCAGAUUCAGAAUCUCAAGAACCUCAACGCCAGGCUCCUCCAAGAAACCACCGACAAGAGGCAUCAGUUGGACUCCCUCAUUGAAGCCAACAAAGCUCUGCAGUCCAAGCUCGACCGUUACGCUUCCGAAAACGGCGCCGUUAAGGAGACGCUUUCCGUUACGGCGGAUAAACAAGCAACCUUGGAAGUAGAGCAACGCGUCCUCCUGGCGUUCGCAGAGACGCAGGCCAGGGAGAUGAGUCUCCGCUUUGACGCGGUCGUGGCUGAGCUAAACGACGUCGUCGCUUUGAAGCGAGAGGCGAGCGAGCUUAGUGUUCGGUUGAACGAGGAGAGGGACGGUUUGAGGAGUGAGCUUGAAUGUGCUGUUCGCGAGGUUAGGAGUGUGAGAGAGAAGCUUCUGGAAGCUGAGAUGAGAGAGAGGACUGUUCGGGAGGAAGCGCAGAAGCUUCGGUUACAACAUGAGAGGUUGGUAGAGGAAGGAAAUGUUAAAGAGAGGGAAAUUGAGGACUUGAAGAAGGAGAGGGAUUUGUCUGUGAGGUCACGUGAGAAGGGUGAGGCUGUGAUUGGGAAAUUGAAGGAGGAUAUUGAACGUGCUGUGAGGGAGAAGAAUGAGAUUGAGAGAGCGAAGAAGAAGUAUGAGUCGAGGAUCGAUGUUCUUGAAUUGGAGAUUAAGGAAUUGAACGAGUCUUUGAAGGGUUUGAAAGGGGAAGAGGCUUCGAUGCGGGGGAGGAUUAGGGAGCUGGAAGAGGGCCUUGGCGUGGCAGCGACUAAGGAAAAGGAGAUGGAGAUGGAAGUGAGGGCAUUGGUGAAUGAGAAAGAAGAAUUGGAGAAGAGAAUUGAGGCGUUGAAUGAGAGUAAAGAUGGUGUUGAGAAGGUUCUAGGCACAGUUCAGAAGGAGUUGGAGGCAAAGCAGCGAGAGAUUGAUGUGGUGAUUAGAGUGAGGGACGAAAUUGAGCAAGUGAAGGCUCAGCGGGAGGAUGAAAUUGUGGAGAUGCAGGGAGAAGUGGUUAGACUGAGGGAUGCUUUGGAGAAGCUGAAAGAGUCAUGUAAAGAGUCUGAAGAGAGAAACCAAGUGUUGUUAUCCGAAGUUGAACGCUAUAGAGGCUCCUUUGAUGGAGUGGUGCUUGAGAAGGAUAACAUCAGAAAGUCAUUUUUUGAGGAGAAGAGCAAAGUGGAGAAUUUGCUGUUGCAAGUUGCUGGGAUGGAGGAAAGACUCCAGCAAACUGAGACCGAGUUGGAUCAGAUGAGAACAGAACGAGAGAAGCUAAUAGAGAAGAACAAGAUGAUAGAAGGCCAUGUAAAUGCAUUGUCAAAGGAAAGGAACGCAUUGCAGAAGAACCUUGUCGAGGCUCAAAGAGUGUCGGAUGAUUUGAGAGCUAAAAUUGAACUUUCCUGUGUUAAUUCAAACUUGGCCUUGGCAUUGUUGAAGAACACUGCUGCACUUGUGUGUCAAAGCAAGGAUGGUUUGAUAGAGGAAGUAGCAUCUGAUGGGAAGAAGAUAGAGGAAGAUGUUCAACCAUUCGUCGAAGAGCUUGACGCAAUAAGGAAGGCAUUCAAGAACAAGGAUGAGAUGGUAGAUGACAUGAAACAACAGCUGGAAUCGCUGCAUAAGUCUGUGUCCGAGGCACAUAAGAAUAGGAACUUGUGGACUGUGAUAUCCUCUGCAACUACAAUUUUCGCUGCGGUGUUUGCCGCGUAUGCUGCUAGAGGACGCUGAUCGCUUGCACCUCUUUCCUCUUCUUAGAUGAGCCAUUUUGGUAACAGGAUCAAGGCUUACCCUCUAUACUACGACAUAAGAACUAGCUAAUCUGUAGUGAAUAAGAUCUGGCUAAUCUGUAGUGAGUUAAAGAACAUGUUGGAAUAUAUGCCUGAUAUUCAUAAUGAAA